AAAAUUACUCAUCAACGAAGAAACGUCAAGUGUAAUUACAGCAAUUUUAUUUAUGGAGAAUAUUCGCAGUUCCGUUUGUGUGGUGUUAUUUUAAAUACAAAAUAUAUUUUGAAGUAGGUGUGCUGUCUGUAUAUAGUAUAUCAAGUGGUUUUGAGAUAUAAACCUGGUUGGCAAUAAUUAAAGCAAAAUGAUGCCAGCUGCAGAAGAGGCACAAAUCACUAAACUGCUGUCAAAGUAUAAACAUGUGAAUGCUACUAAAAAGGAAGUAGUUGAUGUUCUAACAAAUUAUCGGAGCCUAGCUUAUAAUUUGCAGAGAUUUGUGUUCAAUGAUGGUAAUGCUCGAGAUCUUUUUAACUUGAAUGGCACAAUACCUGUUGUUUAUAAAAAUAACACAUAUUACAUUCCCAUUUGCAUUUGGUUAAUGGAUACUCAUCCCAUGAAUGCUCCCAUGUGUUUCGUGAAGCCUACUCCAACUAUGCAAAUAAAAGUGUCGAUGUAUGUAGACCACAAUGGCCGAAUCUACUUGCCAUAUUUACAUGACUGGCAGCCACACUCCAGCGAUCUGUUGUCAUUGAUACAAGUAAUGAUUGUUACUUUUGGAGAACAUCCGCCAGUAUACUCCAAAUCGAGAGAUAAAAUUAACGCGUAUCCAACACCUAGUGGUUACAUGCCACAAGCUGGAGCAAACACUUCAACAGCAUCGGGAGGCUCUUACAAUCUGCCCUACCCCACUGGAGGUGGCUCCUUUCCUCCCUAUCCCCCAGCAACUAGUAAUAACUUUGGGGCAUUUCCACCUUAUCCGACACCUGGCAAUUCGAUUGCCGCUUCUACAACAGGACCUGGUUACCCACCGUACAUGAACUAUCCGCAACCCGGCUAUAACUCAGGCUAUAAUUCUUCAAAUACAAGUUCAACGGGUACUAUUACUGAAGAACACAUAAAAGCUUCUCUUAUAAGUGCCGUCGAAGACAAACUACGACGCCGCUUGCAAGAAAAAGUAAAUCAAUACCAAGCUGAAAUUGAUACUUUAAACCGUACCAAACAGGAAUUGGUAGAAGGCAGUGCAAAAAUCGAUUCAAUAUUAGCGCGCAUGGAACGAGAAGAAACUGAUAUGCAAAAAAAUAUAAAUAUACUACGAGAUAAAGAGGAGGAGUUGGAAAAGAGCUUAGAGUCGUUGGAGACAUCUGAUGGCAUUGACCCCGACGAAGCUGUCACAACGACAGCACCUUUGUAUAGGCAAUUACUCAACGCUUAUGCAGAAGAAGCUGCCACGGAGGAUGCCAUAUACUACUUGGGCGAAGCAUUACGAAGCAAUGUCAUCGAUUUAGACACUUUCUUAAAGCACGUACGUCAGUUAUCCCGCAAACAAUUUAUGUUGCGUGCUAUUAUGCAGAAAUGCCGGCAGAAGGCCGGACUCGCCGGUUAAAAAACGUAGAGUUAGAUUUCUGAAAAUAAAGACAACAUCGAUUUUUAUGGCAGUUAUGGACACUGAAACCUCUUGGGCAGUUCCAAAGAACCCAGUACGAAGCCAUCAUCAUUAUUUAAUUAAUCGUUAUUCAAUAUAUUCUAAAUAUACCUAUACUGUUUGUAUUCGACAAAAAAAAAAAAUUGUAAGGCAUCAAGGUAUUCAUUCAAGCUAUCGUAAAUAAAUGCCAUGUUUUGCCGCCAAUGAAUGACCGAGUAGUGAUACACCUGGAAUCCUCAUAUAAAGAAGAAUGGAUAUAUUUAUACGCAUAUAUAGUUUUUGUUCUAGUUAAUGCCUUCAUUGUUUUGCACAUUCAUUUCGAAACAAAGAAGCCCAAUAAAGUCAGUCACUUGUACAUGUUUUAAAGACUAGGUUACCGACAUUUUGUAUUGCAUCUUAAGGAAAUGAAAAUAUAAAAGUAUCUUAACGAAACACCAA